AUGGAGAAAGUGGCGGAUGUGUAUGUUCUGCACAGCAGCCAGCAGGCGCGCCUCCACCGUCCCGAAAAAUUCACCGACGCCCUGGAGUUACUGUGCAGCUUCAUGGAUAUCGCCGAUCCCAGUCAGCGGCGAUUCGUGUUUGUCGAUCCGUCCUUGCACGGCCCCGAUACGUCGGUGCAUCCCGCGCAGAGUGUUGUCCAACGUUAUCGCUACGGGAAGCUACUGUGCGGCAACCUGCUGGAUGGAGGGGGAAACGGUGACACCGAUCCGGAUUUCCUUAGAUACCUGAAAUUUUCUAUCAUGCGGCAUCUGGCACAGUACGAGCAGAUCCACGGCAUCUGUAUCCUGCUGAAACCCAACAACGCCCGGCUGACCGUAAUGUUUCGCUUCUGCAUUAAGGAGCUGUUGGCCCAUCUGCAUGUCGACGCGCGCCACAACAUCGUCUUCGUGUUCACCAACGCGCGCUCCACACUGUACCAGCCGGGCGAUACAUUGCCGGUACUGGAAGAACUGCUGCAUCGGCCCGAAGGCGCGGAUAUUCCGCUGACCGGAGACACGGUGUACUGCGUUGACAGUGAAGCUAUGCGAUUUAUAGCCGCUGCAAAAUCCGGUAUCGAGUUCGACCCGGCAUCCCGACAGAACUUUUAUGACAGCUAUGACAAGGCCGUGACGGAGUCGCGGCGGCUCUUGACAUACUUGGAACAGCGCCCGCCCCACAUGUUACAGAAUUUAAAGCAGCGCAUUAAAAAUACCAUCUCACUGAACGAAGCACGCCGGAUCAUUCUGUCGUUUACGGAGCCGUUGGCGGCCAUCACACUGAACAUUCAGACCAAUCUGCAGAUGGCCCAGCAGAAAGCCGACGAGAUCGAGCAGAAUCGCUAUAGUAAAGAGCAAUUAACACAGCAGCUGUACAUGCCGGUACUGGAUCUCAUCACUGUUCCCUUGGACCAUCCGCGAACGGUGUGCGUCGCGCAGUCCUGCAUUCGAGUGGUGGGGAAGAAAGUCGAUUACAGGACGGUGUGCCAUAGUCCCUGCGGCCUACAUGGAAUCCAGCAGGAACGGUACCCCCAUCCUGGUCUACAGAAAUGCAGUGCGAUGUCCAAGAAGUCCAAGAAAGGCAUGUGCCGGGGGUGUGGCUGCUCAUGGGGAAAGCACAUGCAUAUUACCUAUGAAACUCAUGAAACGGAGGUGAAAGAAGUGGAUGAACGGGUGCAGGAUCUUCUGCACCAGCGCGACGGGCAGAUCGAGGCGGUACAGCAGUUUCUGCAGGAUCUGAACCAGCGCAAAAUGGAGCUACAAGGCGAAGAAGUAGCUAUUCGUAAAGUGGCGGCGAAAUUCGGUUGCUUCCUGAAACGCAAUGCCAUGAUCCCGUACAAUGACGCAUUGGAAGAGUACCUGCACUACUUGAUUGCCGGGGAGAAGGAGAAGAUCGCCGUGGGCUGUGGACGGGAUCAUUUGGAGAGUUACGAGCGCAUGCUGGGGCAGUAUCGUGAGGAGAAGCAGCUGUUGGAGGACGCCAUGCAGAGUGAUGAUAAAGGGCGGAAUCUGUCCUUUUAUAAGAUCAUCCAGGCCAUCCAGUCGCUAUACGAUCUGAAGCUUAAUGGACCAAAGAUCCGUACGGCCAUGGAGACCAUACAGACGGUGCAGCGCCAGCAGGUGCACCACAACGACAUCGUAUGCUCGGCACGCGUUGCGAAUGUUCGCGGCAGUCUGCGUCCGAUGGGACCGGCACGGCCAUUCUCCCGCUUUUCUCCUUAUAGUGUGCCGCCGCCGCAGCGGAUGUUUCGUGCUCCGGGAGCGGUGUCGUCGUACAGUGCGCGCGGUCUGCUGGAUAAAUUCUGGAUCCCAUUUACGCGCAGAGGAUUCUGAAAGAGGUCGCCAGCCAAAACGACGAUGCCAUCAUUUUUAAUUAUUUGUGCGCUGAUGGGGUUUUUGAGUCUCGAGGUUGUUCUUUCU